GUGAAAUUGCUUGGUUCGCCUAGGAAUUUACACUUCUGUACUGGUGCCUAUUAGCACUUUGAAGGAUGCCGCACGUUGGUGGCGGCGGUGGCGACGAUUUAGCUUCUUCGGAUGAGAUAAAAGUGUUUAAAGAUGAGGGAGAGGAAGAAAACCGCUCUUCGGAAAACUUGACCGAUCUCAAGUCGAGCUUAGUCACCGAGGGGGAAGAGGAUAAAAACGACCAGCUACCGGUGUCGCAUAGCUUCUCAGGCUCAAAAAAUGCUCUGUCGUCCCGACUGCAAGAGGCUAUUACAACGGCGGCGACCCCCGGAAAAGGUUUUGAGCCAGUUUCCCACUCAACGCCUAUUGGUUACGUUGUCUCACCAUACCCACACCCGAACGGCACCAUUGGACCAUCGUCAAUGGUAAGUCACUGUUAUUUCCUGGAAAAUGAAGUAAGACGUAGAUUGGUAAGUACGUGCUGCUGUGUGACUUGUGCUGCCCUCUGCUAUUUGUUUGAAUAA